GAUUAGCAUGGAGGUGAACGCUAUAAAGACCCUUCCAAGAGGUGUGUCACUUCAGAAUUUUCUUGUUUGGCUUUAGAUAAACGGCCCAACCUCUACAAAAUACAGCAUCCUGACCUUUGACAGUCAAUGAAAUUAUGGCUGACUUCAGUGUGUUCUUGAUGGAUUAUUAACUAAAGUGAACUAAUCUUUAUAGACUCCUGAAAGCAUCACAGUGGACAAGAUUCCUACCGGUUGCAGGAGCUGUCGUUAAAGUAUCUCAUUGUUCUCCUAUCAGGCAGGCAUGGAGCGCCUCGGAUAGUUGGUUGGAAAAACAGAAUAAAAACGGGCCCUGAACUCUUUGGAUCAUCUUGUAGACGGCUUAAAAUGAAAUGUUGGUAAUGGUACAUUUAUAACUGGAUCUGAGAAGAGUUUGAGGAUAAUUAAGACGGAAGAACGAUCGACUUACCAAUAAUACAUCAAACAGAAGCUCCUCUGCCGAGAUAACUAUGGUUGGUACAGGUGGUCCAGUGGCCACUUUCUCUGUGUGGGAUUAUGUCGUGUUUGCUGGAACUAUUUUGGGGGCAUCUGGCAUUGGCCUUUUCCAGGCCAUCAGAGGCCGUAAAGAAUCCAGCAACGCAGAGUUCUUGCUGGGUGGGAGGCAAAUGACAGCUGUGCCUGUUGCCAUGUCACUUACUGCUAGCUUCAUGUCUGGCAUCACAGUUAUUGGCACACCUGCCGAGGCUUACCGGUUUGGAACUGCCUUCUGGCUCUUUGGCUUUUCCUAUACCAUUAUGUCUGCCAUCACUGCGGAGAUCUUUGUCCCGCUUUUCUACAGACUGGGGAUCACCAGCGCCUACGAGUACCUGGAGUUGCGCUUCAGCCGGCCCAUUCGAAUAAUUGGGACAUCAAUGUACAUCGUACAGACGGCCCUGUACACCGGUCUGGUCAUCUAUGCUCCAGCUCUUGCACUGAAUCAAAUCACAGGACUGGAUCUAUGGGGAGUGUUGGUGGCUACAGGAGCAGUGUGCAUCCUCUACUGCACUUUGGGCGGUCUGAAAGCAGUAAUCUGGACAGACGUGCUGCAGAUGGUGAUCAUGCUGGCGGGGUUUGUUGCUGUUAUUGCUAGAGGAGCCGUGCUACAAGGAGGCCUGACGAAGAUAUGGGAAGACUCGGACCAAGGAGGCCGACUAGAGGCAUUUGAUUUUGACCCAAAUCCGCUGAAGCGACAUACUUUUUGGACUAUUGUAGUCGGUGGCAGCAUCAUGUGGGUGUCUAUCUACUCAAUCAACCAGUCCCAGGUGCAGCGCUACAUUUCUUGCAAAACUCUGGGACACGCCAAGAUGUCUUUGUAUGUCAACAUGGUUGGCUUGUGGGUUACUGUGAGUCUGGCUAUGUUUUCUGGACUCACCAUGUACUCCAUAUACAAGAACUGUGACCCACUUACAAACGGUGAUAUAGGCACUCCUGACCAGCUGCUGCCCUACCUGGUGAUGGAUAUUCUGGCAGACUUUCCUGGAAUCCCUGGAUUAUUUGUGGCAGCUGCAUACAGUGGUACACUGAGCACAGUGUCUUCCAGCAUUAACGCCCUAGUAGCUGUCACUGUAGAAGACUUUAUUCUUCCAGUGUGCAAAAACCUCACACAGAGACAGACCACCUGGAUGAACAUGGGCCUGAGUGUAUUUUUCGGUGCCUUGUGUAUUGGGAUGGCUGGAGUGGCUUCACUGAUGGGGAGCAUUUUGCAGGCAGCUUUGUCCAUAUUUGGCAUGAUCAGCGGGCCUCUUCUUGGUCUUUACCUAUCAGGCAUGCUUUUCCGCACAACAAAUUCAGUAGGAGGACUUGUGGGAAUGAUCAUUGGUCUAGUUUUGACUCUAUGGGUGGGGAUCGGAGGUCAGAUUUACCCACCAACCACUGACAAGACAAACCCUCUAUCACUCAGCACGAUAGGCUGCAACAGCACAAUGGGCCAAAACUUCACAACAGCAGCUCCCUGGACCAGCCCAGUGCCAACGCAGCCUGAUAUCAGACCUGCUCUGGCAGACUCCUGGUACUCUCUGUCCUAUGUCUACUUGUCCCUCUUGGGUGCACUGACUACAAUUGUGUCUGGCCUGCUGGUGAGCAUGAUCACAGGUGGAUGCAAGCAAGAAAAGAGGAACCCUGAUCUGUUUGUAAAGAAGAGUGACCUGUUCUGCUUCAGCUGGUGUAGUAAAUCAGAGGAAUCAGAAGUCAAAGAAAAGGAUCUAAAAGACUUUAACAUGGGAGUUGCCAACGUGUCAGUCAAACACGCCGACAUGAUGACUACAGAUGUUGAAAAAUCCACCAAACUCUGAUGCUGCUACACUCCAUAAUGAUACACUGUUCUAUAAUUCACUUCAUUUCAGAGACGCUUCAAUGUAUAUACACAUAAAUAAUAAGUACAUAUAUUUUCUGCUGCUACAUUCCAAGAACAAAUAAUUAUUCAACAACUACUGGUAUGUGUCCUUAUGUUGACAAGACUUACGUUUGAGGUAAAAGGGAUUUUAGAUGUUUUAGUAAGAAAAGGUUCGUGUGGAUACAUUUUAGUAUUAUUGAAACUAAACUUCACAACAUUCAAACUCAAAUUCCAUAUUCAAGCUAACUAACUCAACUAAAGUUACAGCACAGUUAAAAAAAAAACCUACAGUAUGAAAAUCUACUGCAACAUGUGGUGCCUUUCCGUAGUGCUAUAACAUUUACGUUGUUGUGUAUUCCCCUAAACAAUAGAAGAAAAGACAUGUAACAUAAACACAAGGUUGCCACAUAUUUUGCUCUGCACUGAUUAACUGCUCUGGCAUCCUGUUAAGCAGUAACAUAACAUGAUUGCCCCUUGUUAAAAUGGCUGCUAGCUCUUUAUUCUGAAAGAACAUUGUCCUCCUCCACCUUACGUUAAUACAAAAAGGGACAGCACACUAGAUUAGUUUGUUAUUUUACCAUAUGUAUGAUGGCAUUACUGUUUUGAAAGAACAAUGGGCAUUUCUUUGAGUAUUUGUUUAUGACUUGAUUAUUUUUAUAUGGAAAUUGUGAACUCUUUACCCGUAUGAAGUAGUCCCAACUACUACCUGUACUAGUUAAUAAAUGUUUUGUACAAAGUUAAACUGUGUUGGCUGAAAACAAGCUUACACAAGCACGUUUCAAGUUCUCUCAAGAAGACAAGGAACUUCCGUGAGUGUAUGACCUUGGUAUGUAUGUGAGACAGAGUACAGAACAUUGAUGCAGUCAGUAAAAAUACAUUUACUGCGUAGUUAAUUCUUUUUGCAACAAGGCUUCUCGUAACCUCAGGGCAGGGCAGUGAUCAGAGCGAGGGAGGGACAGAUAAGAGAGGAACUGAGCUUUGGUCUUGUUAAUAACAGAGUCCUUUGUCUCUGUGGCAACAUACACUAGAGGGAAGUUUACAAAGCACUGACCUGCCCACUUUUGCCUGCCAGUUCGCCAGCUAACUGAUCCUGAAGCUGUGUCAGUAUACAGGAAGUGUGUUGUUUACCGUAACAUGGAGGCACUCUCAAUAGCAGGAAGAUGAACUAAGAUAAUGUUUCAUUGAUAAUAACAAAGUAGAGGACCUCAAGGCAAUGGAUACCACGUUUGCUGUGCUGGCUUGCUGCCUUUUGGCGUUUCAUUUUGCGGUGGCUCAAAAAGAUAAGGGGAAUACGACAGUCACACCUACAUUAUCAACAAAUACCUUAAACCAAAAUAAGACAACGAUGACGCCAACUACAGCAAACUCUACAACAUCACAUGCAACUGUUAUCUCAGACUUGACUGAGAACACAACUCCUUUUGAUAGCAAGGAAGCAUUCACCAAAACUAUUGAAGCAUCAACUGAGAGCACAAGUCAUCCUCAGACUAUUCAGUCAACAACCAUCACCACCACUCCUCUAACAAGUCAUACAUCACUGACAACUGGAACACCCGGCACCAACACACCGACUUUUACUGCACUGACAACACCAUUACAGCAAACUACAGGAGUUCACGUCACUUCACCUGAUACUACAGUUACUAAAGCUAAUUCAACUCACUCUGUCAACCCAACCUCAGAUUCAAAGUACAGCACCACACAUGGUUUGGGCUUAAACAAGUCAGAAAUGAAUAUGACUAUUAUCUUCAGCAUUGUCCUCGGAUUGUUUGCCGUGGUACCGGUUGUGUUCUUGUUUUACAAAUACAAACACAAUAUCCAAUACUUGCAUCAACCUUUAACCAACACUGAUGCUACAGAUGCAUAUGUGGCAGAUGAGGACACACUUGUAAUUUCUGGAGGACUUUAUGAUGGCCAUCCAAUAUACGACAAUGUGCCAACACCCCCAGAAGACCAAUCUCAGUUCCGUCUGGAGUUCCUUCAUUAAUGUGAACAGAAUUCCAACGCUGAGAUUUCACCUUUGGUGCUUGACUGGCAUGGCGAAUACUUAAUACAAGACUGAAAUGUCCCCCCUUUAAACCUGACGGCCAAUUGAAGAGAGGAAGAGAAGUUGCUGAUGUGCAGAACAUUUAUUCAAAGACAAUGCUGAUGGAUCUGAUCUUUAAUGUUAACAAUGCCAAUACAAGGAUUCAUAAAUAUAUUAGCUAUAUUAAGUUACAAAUACUUAACAAUCAUCUUUCCCACAACAACAAUGUAAACUUGUGCCAAAACGAGCUUCCAUUUAAACACCAACAAAGACCAAUUCUUCGAGAUAGUAAAAAAAAACACCAAACAGAACUUGAACACAAUUCAAACAACUAAAAAACUUGAAUGUUGAAUCAGUCACUUAAAUUGAAAUGAAGAACAAUGAGCUAAAAUUGUAGGAAUAUUAGCCAAUAAAACUUUCAAUUGUAAACAAUACGGUUCAGCAAGUUCAUUACAAUACUUUCAAUGCAUGCUGUGAAAUUCAUUUGCCCGGUAUUUACUUAUUAUUUUAUCCCAAAUGUUAUUAUAUAAUCCAUGAAAGAUGGAAUAUGAACACCUAAACCUCUCUCAGAUACGGUUAUUGUGUCUAACCUGUCACAGGACUAUUUAAGCAAAGAUCUUCUCAUUGGUCCUCUUUUUUUUUGUGUUACAGCCAGUAACAGUAGUCCACCCAGCAUCUCUCAUCCUUUUCAUUGCAGCUCACUUUAAGGAGUUCCCUGGUGAUUUAUGAACGGCUGGACUCUGGAUCUGAUUGAAUGAAAAAGCCCAAAAAUUAUUAUUUUUUCUAAAUAUAGUCUUUCAAAUAGCAUUGCUGGACUUUGGACAGAUUACCUUUUUGAAGAUGUUUUGUUCGCAGGAUGGAGCAGAAAAGUUGGCUGGCAGUGCACUUGCAAAGGUCUUUUUGAAAGAGGAACCAGAAUCAUCUUCUUCAGCAACUUAACACAAACGAUCAAAUACAAUUCAUGAUACAAAAAGUUUCAUUAAACUUACCAGGAGAUCACGUAGAUCGGAGCUGUCUGACUUGGGGUCAAGCUCAAUCGUUUUCUUCCAGCAUACAGCCUUUUCAGUAGAAGGGGGUGUCCUUAUUCUGUAGGACUGAAAGGGAAUUCAAGGAGUGAAUGUCAGCAGAAGUGAUGAAUAUUUUUUUAUUCAUUUUGGGAAAUGUCAGAAUGAAACUGAAUUAAAUUACUUUGAUCUUUGAGGUUCCUCCAAUCCUUUUUGGAAGACUUUGUGGGGUUUUCAGGUCUCCACUUUGAAUUUCCUAUGAUGCAAAAUCAAUGUCAGUGUGCAGUAUUUUGAAAGAAACAGUAAACGCAAUCAUAAACUGAA